AUGACCCCACAUUCGGAGAAUACGAACAAAGCUAAACACUUUUUAUUCGUACCUCAUGGCCUAUGGGGUCAUUUGCGACCAGCGAUCAAUUUGAUUCCAAACCUCCUUGCUCGAUCUCCCAGAGCCCUAGUGACAAUUCUGAUUCCAGUGGCACAUUAUCAAUUGGCUUCUAAGGAAUUAUGGAAAUACGAUUUAGACAAACACGAUCAGGUGAAGGUCAUUUAUUAUGGGAUUAAGGAAGAUCAUGAGAAGAAGGAUCACGCGAAAACGGACUUGAAAGGGAUGAUGGGUUUUAUCAAUGAUAUUGUGAAGGUGAUAGAAGAUAAUUAUGAGAAGAUCGUAAAAUCCGAACCUAUAUACGAUGCUUAUAUCGGGAAAGAAGUGCCAACCCAUCCUAUACCCCCAGGUGUAGUCAUGAUCGAAGUGUCGACCACACCGUUCACUAUACCCUUGUGCGAGAAGAUCAAUGAACAGUUGGGGUUGAACGUUGAAAUGGCGGUCUGGACGCCUCUCAGUAGUAAUUAUGUUGCGUGGACCGUUUGCAUUCCUUCCGAAGGUCGAAGCUAUAGAGAUAGAGUUGAGAAGAUCUUCAAAGCUCCCGAGGAAGAUCGAACUGAAGCAUAUAACGAGCAACUCGGAGAGAACGAGGAGGUCAUCCAUGUAUUGGACAAUGCGCCCGUUCAUGUAUUUGAGGCACAACCUAAUCAACGCGACAACUUCAUGGAGAUCGCUCUUGGAUGUUUACCAGUUCUACCCAGGGUGACAAUGGUUCACUCAUGGCCGUCAUUUCUAGGCCAAGAAUAUAAAAAGGGCGCGGCUGCUCUGGGUAUCAAAGUACCUCAGAUCGGUCCACAAUUACCUAAGCCUUCAAAUCAUGGAACUGAGCUUGUUCAAGGUAAAUUGAAAGAGUUUCUUGAUAAGACUUUACAAGAAAGGGGUGAGAAUAGUGUCAUUUACAUUAGUUUCGGUACAUUGCUCUUCCCAGCCAACCUUGAACAGCUCUCGAUCCUACUGGACGUUCUCAUCUCCUUAGACAAGCGGUUCAUCUUGGCUUUAGGCCUAUCAUCGGAGGAGGCUCAGCUGAUGGCCAAGGAAAAGAUCGAUAAUUCCGAUGGUAAAGGAAUAUGGUUGAAUUGGGCACCACAAUAUCCCAUAUUGAAACACAAAGCCACGGGUUGGUUCUUAUCCCAUGGUGGAGCUAAUUCAACUAUGGAAGCUAUGAGAACUGGAACACCAUUAUUAUUCUGGCCAGCGGAUGCCGAUCAAGUAUGGAUCGCCAAUCAAUUUCCAAGAAUUCACAAAGCAGGAUACGAAUUCUUACAAAUUCGAAAUGGUCCCAAUAUCGGUCGAACCACUUAUACAGGUGUCAAAGUAAACGGCACAGAACAAGCUAUCAGAGAUGAGUUUACAGAAGUGUUUAGUAAGCUAGAUGAGGAUUUUGGGAAAGAGUUGAGAGAGGGAAUAAGGAUUUUAGGAGAGAGGAUGGAAAAUGACCCGUUCACUGAGGAGGAUUGGAAAGCUUUUGUUGAACUUUGA